UUUCCCCAAUCACACGCGAGCCCCGAGGCUGCCCCCAACAGAGAUGGCGGCUGGGGCUUCCGUAAGGGCUGGCUGAUUUUUAACACCCGGGUGAGUCUACUGCGGAGAGAGAAGAGUGAGCAGCUAGCGAGGAUGGAGGAGGAAGGCGGCAGCAGCAGCAGCAGCGGCACCAGCAGCGGCACCGGCUCCGGCACGGGCACGGGCGCCGGCGGCACUGGCAUGGUCAGCGGAGGCUUGCAGCAAAGGGAGCUGGAGCACAUGGCAGAGAUCCUGGUCACCGGGGAGCAGCUACGACUCAGGCUACAUGAAGAAAAAGUGAUUAAAGAUCGAAGACAUCACCUCAAGACGUAUCCAAAUUGCUUUGUGGCCAAAGAGCUAAUUGACUGGCUGAUUGAUCGAAAAGAAGCUUCUGAUAGAGAGACAGCUAUUAAACUAAUGCAAAAAUUGGCAGAUCGGGGUAUUAUUCAUCAUGUGUGUGAUGAGCAUAAGGAAUUUAAGGAUGUCAAACUCUUCUACCGCUUCAGGAAAGAUGAUGGAACUUUCCCUUUGGAUAAUGAAGUCAAAGUAUUCAUGAGAGGACAGAGAUUGUAUGAAAAGCUGAUGAGUUCUGAAAACACACUCUUGCAGCCAAGAGAGGAGGAAGGUAUCAAGUAUGAGCGGACAUUCAUGGCCUCUGAGCUCCUUGAUUGGCUGGUCCAGGAAGGAGAGGCCACCACAAGGAAUGAAGCUGAGCAACUUUGCCAUAGGCUUUUGGAGCACGGUAUCAUCCAGCAUGUGUCUAAUAAGCACACUUUUGUGGAUAGCAACCUUCUCUACCAGUUUAGAAUGAAUUUCCGUCGAAGAAGAAGAUUAAUGGAACUGCUCAAUGAACGAUCUCCCUCCUCCCAGGAAACCCACGAUAGCCCCUUUUGCUUGAGGAAACAGAACAGUGAUAACCGAAAACCUACCAGUUUUAUGUCAGUGAGCCCAAGCAAGGAGAUCAAGAUCGUGUCUGCGGUGAGGAGGAGUAGCAUGAGCAGCUGUGGCAGCAGCGGUUAUUUCAGCAGCAGUCCAACCCUCAGCAGCAGCCCCCCAGUCCUCUGCAACCCCAAAUCAGUAUUAAAGAGACCAGUCACUUCUGAAGAACUCCUGACACCUGGAGCUCCUUAUGCAAGAAAGACUUUUACUAUUGUUGGUGAUGCAGUGGGAUGGGGCUUUGUUGUAAGAGGAAGCAAGCCAUGUCAUAUACAAGCUGUGGAUCCCAGCGGCCCAGCAGCUGCAGCUGGAAUGAAGGUCUGUCAGUUCGUUGUUUCUGUGAAUGGUCUCAACGUUCUGCACGUUGACUACAGGACCGUGAGCAAUCUGAUUCUGACUGGCCCAAGGACUAUCGUCAUGGAAGUCAUGGAGGAGCUGGAAUACUAAGGAGGAGACUUCCCCUUUCACCAUUGUAUCAGACAAAUAUAAUCCUAACUACCUGCAAGGAAUAACACAAAACAAUGCAAGGGAAAAGCUGCCUUUCUCAUUUAAAUGGAUGGCAGUGACCAUUGAUAUAUCCCUUACCCCCUUUAAUUUACUUUAAUAUGUGAUUUAAAUGUGCAAGUGCCCUUUAAAAAAUCCGUUCUUUUUCUCAUUAUGCAGUGCCACCUAUUCAAUGUUCUUUCAGUGUUGAUCAUAAUGUAUUCUUUUACUUUUAUUUCUUUUCAUUUUUAGAAAGAAACUGAAGUUCUUUUCUCUCCAAACUUCAGGAUGCCAAAAAUCCCUAUGAAUCAUAGAAUGUACUUGUAUAGGUUCAAAAUCUUAGUAAAAUCAGUGUAAAUCUGUGCAUUAGCUUUGAUAAAAUUCAAUGAACCUCAUAUCAAAGUGAUAUCUGAAGGGUCCUCAAUAAACUAUGUGCCAAUUUUUUAAAGAAAUAGAUCAAAAGCAUUGACAUGUAUGAACCCCUCUCCCCCCCUGAACCCCACUUGGCCCCUCUGCCAUCGGCAACAAACUUUUUAUUUAUGCCAUGCUUUGCAAUAUGAUAUGGAAUAGAAACUUUUGUAAUUUUUUUUUAAAGCAUUUCUUAAAAUGUUUUACAACUCUCAGAAAGGUACAUUACCCUUCAGGGGCCAAGUGAUUGUAGGUUACAGAAACUACAGUCACUUUUUUGGAAUUAAUCCUAAAUCCAUUGAAUGUAUAUAGAUUGUCAUUUAUGUAUGUAUAUAUGUAUGUAUGUAUGUACAUACCUGGGGCAGCUAGGAGGCACAGUGUAUAUAGUCUGGAGUCAGAAAGAUCUGAGUUCAAACCUACCUUCAGAUACUUACUAGCUAUGUGAUCCUGGGCAAGUCACUUAACCCUAUUUGCCUCAGUUUCCUCAUCUGUAAAAUGAGCCGGAGAAGGCAAGAGCAAAUCACUCCAGCAUCUUUGUCAAUAAAACCCCAAAUGGGAUCACAGAGAUUUGGACAUGACUGAAAACAAUUGAAUGUAUAUACUUGGUAAAUGGUCAGCUGAUGUUCUAAUAUGUCUGUUCCACUUAAUUAGAAUAUCUUUUUACAGUGGGAAAAACAACAAUGAACUACAAUUUGACCUACAAUGUGAGAAAAAGAGUCACCUUCCUAUUUGGGGACACGUUUUCCCCUUUAGCAUUAGCUUUCUUGUGUAACAUGUUCUAUGUCUUUGUGCUUGUUUGUUCAGGAUUGUCUUCCACUGAAAUCUGAGCUUGUUGUGUCUUUUGAGCUUGUGUGUGAAUGGUGUAUUUUCUUAUUUUGUCAUGAGAAAGAGUUUACUUGGGGUCUCCAGGAAGGAGAUGAAUCCCAAAGGAAAUGAUUAAUGGCCUGUGUUUAGGAUAUCCAGGAUUUGCUAGAUACAUCUUAAUUCUGUGUAAAGGAAUUCUAAAUGUAACUAGAUUGGUACAUGUAGUAUUGGAUGUGCAUUUAUUAACCCCAUUUCAGAAGGCCUUAGGAUAGCUGACCCUUCAUUUCUUGGUAAGUAAUGUAUUGUAACUAUUUCUCCUCACUGGUAGAAUAUAAGCAAAUGCAGUGCUUUGUAGCCUAAUGCUUAUCAAGAACGUUGAACAAGAAUAGAAUCUUUAACACUGAUGUUUCUUUGGAACUCCCAGAUAACAUUUUUAAGGGGUUAUUUUUCUUAGCAUCCUUUAAAUUGAACUCCGAAAGGGAAAAGAUAGGAUCUAGAUUUAUGAUGUUACAGGAAGAAUAGGGAACCCCUCAGCCAUUGGUGAUCAGCCCCUUUUCUGCAACUUAUAUCUUAUAGAGUUGCUUGAAUUAUAAAAAAGUUAAGUGACUUCUCUGAGGUCACAGCCAGAAUAUGUAAAAGUCAGGGUUUGAAGCUAGGCAUUUUUGGCUCUGAAGCUAAGCUUCUACCAUGCUUGAGGGAAAAUUACCCUUUAAAUUUCUUUUAAUAUCUUAAAGAAAUGAGGCAAAUCUUUUCUAUUAUCAGAUUUUUAAGGACUUUUCAACAUAAGAAUCCCAAUCAAGAAAUAUUCUCCAUCUUUUUUUCAUGCUAUGAUGCCCUAAUCUCUACUAUUUUUAGAUCAUCUCCUGCUCUCCUUGCCUUAUUGUGAUAUCUAUUUGAACUCCAGAUGCUUUAAUUCCCUUUAUGCAAGUGAAAACUGAUAUCAAAAGAAAAAAAAAACUUUAAGCAAAGAAUUGAAUUACAAUGAACUAGAAUGGUGUUUUCUAGCUCUUGUUCCUUGAUACAUGAAUGGAACUUACAGGAUCUUAGAUUUAGAGCUAGAAUGGGCAGUAGAGAUCUUUUAGAAAUUACUCAAUCACCCUAGUCAACAAGUAUUUCUCAACCACCUGCUAUGUGCCAAAAAUUGCUGUGCAUGCUGAGAUUAUAAGAUAAAAGUGAAACAAAUUUUUCCUUAAGGAAUGAACUAGACAAGACAUCCAAACACAUACACACACACGCACGCACACACAGAGAUUUAUAAAAGCCAAAUGGAAAGUAGUGUUGGUCUAAGUCCAAUUUCUUCAUUUUAUUGGUUAGGAAAUUGAGGUAUAGUGAAGGAAAGUGACUUAGCCUAAUUCACUUGCAGUAAGUAGCAGAGCCAGGAUUCAUGAUAAAAGCUGUGAAUUGGGAUCUUCUGCCUGCUAAUCCAGGGCUUUCUUUGCCAUAUCAUGACAUUGGGUGGUGCCUCCCUUAAUCUGCCCGUGGAAGUCAGUGCUAUUAAUGAAUCCAGUGCCACAAUUUGAGAAACACGGUCAUAAAGGGUUUCAGAUAUAGAGUUUAUGUAUUUGUUCAAUCUAUGAGUGUCUAAACUUAUCCCAUUUGUAGCAUAGGUGUUAAAAACAAGAUUUGGCAACCUUCAGUUAUAAAUACAAUCAUUUCUUUUGAUGGUACUUGUGUAAAACAUUUACCUCCCUUCAGGGAGUGAAGUAUUUUGCCGGCAUGCCAGGCAAGUGAAUUUCAGUACAAAAUGAUAUUUCUGAGAACUUGAGAAGGCUCAAUGAAAUUCUCCUUGAGCAUAUUUUAGCCAUGACUCCAUACUGACCUUCCAUUACAAGGGUCAAUACACCAAUUCAGAAGGAUUUAAUUUGCUUCAUUAAUUGAAAAAGUUGAUAAUUAAUGUCAGAAAGUUGGAUUAGAAAAGGCAAUUAUGUGAUGAUUCUCUUGUAAAGAACAGCUCUGUUCUGCACUUUCCUUGGGGGCAGCCAGAGUAUACUUUAUCUCCUUUCCAUUCAAGUCAGCAAGUGCAGCUGUUUGCCAGGAAAUGGACAAGACACAGGAAUCCAAGGUCAUUGUACAUUCACUGACAUCUGAAGGUUUUUCUCCUUUCACUCUUUAUUGUAAUGGCAAUAGCAAUAGCAGAUAUGUUGUGCUUUAAAGUAUGUGAAAGUGCUUUAUAAACAUCUCAUUUGAACCUCAAGACAGCCUGGCCUUUUAAGCAAUCCAGUUAUAAUAUCCAUUUGACUAAUGGAAUUCAAGGACUUGUCUUUGGUCAUAUGGUCGGUGUUACAGGCAGGAUUCAAAUUCACUUCUCUGCUGACUCCUGUUAGAAUCUUUUCACUACAUCCUCACAAUCAAAAUCAAAGUGAGAGAGAGAGAGAAUCUGAUUUUAGAAAGGUUUUAUACAUAAACAAUCAUUCAAACUUAAUUUCCAGGCUAAUUACUAUAAUUAGCCAAUUAGUCUCUGCUGUGACUGUAAUUUUUAAUUAUGAAUGAAGCUUUAAGUCUAAUUAAAGCCCAUAAAUCAUAUUAUCAUAGAGCAUUAUUACUUUGGGGAAGUGUUGAAAGGAAAUCUAGAAAUCACCCAAUCCAAACACCUCCCUUUACAAAGGAGGAAACUGAGAGUGAUGUAACUUGCUCAAGAUCAUAAAACUGGAUGGAAUGGAGGAAUCAGGAUGGGAAUCCAGAUCUUCUAAAUACCAGUCCAGUACUCGUUCUACUAUAUGGUGCUUCAACCAUAGCAAAUUACUUUAUGUUUGUGGUGAAAAAUAGAAAGUAUGGUUAAUACUUUUUUACUUAAGUGAAUACACAUAAUAUUAUUAUGAUGAAAUUAAUAACAUAAUAAUAUUAUAUAAAUAAGUAAAAAGGCAUAUCAUGUAGUUUGUUACCAAUAAAGUAGGAUCAUCAUUGCACAGACUUCCUCUUAUUUCAUAUCAUGUGAAAAAUUAGCCAUUUUGUGUGCCCCUUUGAUAUUUCACCAAAUUUUAAACUUGAAAUUCCUUUUCUAAAUCUCACACCUAGUAUAGAGUAAUGGACUCAGCAUCUUCUGUGCUGUCAACUAGCUGUGUGAUCUUAAAAAAUUACUUGACCUCUCUGGAUCUCAGUGUCCAUAGCUAUAAAAUCAAGGGAUUAUUUGAUCUCUGAAGUUCCUUCUUGCUAUAUUAUUCUAUUACAUAUAUAUGUAUACAUACAUAUAUAUACAUAUGUACAUAUAAAAAUAUAUAGAGAUAUAUAAUUUUUUACUGGAUUUCCAGUGCGGAACUCCAGAUGCGGAAUUCCCUCUUCUAAUUCAAAUCAGAAUUUUCUUUUCUGCUCAAGGUCUUAGAGAGUUGCCUGGGACAUGGUGAGAGUAAGUGAUUUACUCAGGGUUAUACAGUUAAUAUGUCUUAGAGGUUAGAGGUGAGAAUUCAGUCAUGGUCUUUCCAAUGGCAAGUCCAGUUCUCUCCUCACUAUUUUAUGCUGCCUCUCAUGAUUCUGUGAUACUUCUACAAAAAUAUUACGUGUAUAUACCUGGCACUCUCUGUGAAUUUUUACAGUUGCUUUCUCUGCUUUCUUAAACGAUAUUUUUCUUUUUGAAAAUAGAAGUUGGAAGUAAUAUGAUUUUUUUGAAGUCUACAUUAGCAUAAUAUCUGCUGUCAACGCACAUUUCAGCUCUUUGUUUAUGAACUCAGUUCUAUUAUAGACAAUGAAAAGCAGCAAGAGUAAAUGAUUUGUGUAGAUCCUACUGUUUGACAUUUUUGUGUUAAUCCCUGGAAAACAGGUCUGUAAAUGUAUGGGGUGAAGAUUCAAUGAGUGUAGGGAAACAUGUGGAAAGAAUUAAUUUAGAAAUGGAAUCUCAAAAUCAUAGAGUCUUAAUUCUAAAAUGAGACCAUCUAAACCAAAUUGGUCAUUUUAUAGAUCAGAGAACCGAGAGCUUGAGAAGAGUAGGAAUUUGUCCAAGGUCCUGCAGAUAGCAAGAUCUGGGACUUACAUCCAAGUCCUUUGAUACCAAGUUUCUCAAUGUUGCAAAGUUGGCACAAAAGGAAAUUGAUGUCCACAUCUUUUUGGUUGUUGUUCAAACUAACCUCUUACCUGUAUAAUUUUCCCUUUCAAAUUUUGGUGUGGAAAGUCUUUUGCCAAUACCUAUUUUUAGCUGAUGCUGUGAACUCAAAACGUUCAACUUUGAAGCACUGUCACUCCCAAGUCAGUGCUGAUUUUUGUAGCCCCAGAACGUUCUAAUUUAACAGAAUUGAUCAGAAUGUUAUCCUGGUGCUAUCAUCCAGGGUGCAACUGCUAUAAAGUAGACUUUGGGCAACAAAAUGCUUUUCCUCCUUGAGAUAUCUUGAAAGACAAACCCACAGAGCACCAAAAUGAUCAUGAUUAUCGGGUAUUGAUAUAUAUAUGUAUUGUCAAAUGCAUUAAUAUAUGUACUUAAAAUAGAAAAUGUUGAUUUCAAAAUUCAUUAAGACUUAUUUGGGUCCUUGUUUUUUUUUUUUUAACUUGCUGCAUAAUACUGAAAAUUAUGGUUUGAAAAAUAAAAUAUACACAAAGUAACAAAAAAUUAAUUUCCAAAACAGAUUAUUUUUUGUUUCAGCUUUCAUGGUAUUUUAGAAUAUAUUAGCUAUUUUAUCUUUUAAAAAGUAUGAAAUUGAUUUUCUACUAAUUAUAUCAGGUAAAACUCAAGGCACUCUGAAACAUCAAUUAAUAUAUACUCCAACAAAGAAUGUACCCAAAAUUCUGGUUUGCAAAACUGUACAGUAAGGUUUGUUUUAUGAAAUUAUUUUGCUGGGAAAAUAUGCAUUAAAAAGAUGCUUCUGUAUUUGAUUAAGUAUCAAGUAUUACUGAAUACCAUGUUUAUUCCUUCCAUGUAUGAUAUAAUAUUUCACUGGAUUGAUGGGAAUACCCUCUCCAUCCUUUUCUUGCAAAUUGUAACUUACACAUCCUUUUUUUUUGUCUUGGACAAUUCUUGCCCAUAUCUUUCAUAAUUCUUCUAUGGAAGAAUAUGAUGGAAGCAUUUCUCUGUUUAUUUUAAUAUCCAUAAUCACUCAGCAUUUCUUUCUAGGGCAGAAUAUUAAUUCUAUUGUUUCAUGGUUUGGUUGGUUGAUUAGUUGUUGCCCUUUGUUUUUGAAGAGGAUCAAAAAUGACAUCACUGUAUUAGAAUCAAGUUACAGUGUGUCUGAAUGUAGCUGAUCAGACUUAUAUGAGCUUAGAAUCCCCUGCCACAUAUUGGGCACAAAUAGUCCAUAUGAACAUUUGGGGUGAAAUCUCUACAUUUGUGCAUCCAUUUCAAAAGUCAUAUGUAAUCAUCCUGUUUUGGGAUUUUACUACCCAAAUAUACUUUUUUGGGAUAAUCUUAAUAUCCAAAAACCAAAAUAUUUUCAAAGCAUUUUCAGAUACAUUACCUCAUUUUAUCUUUAUGAUAGUGCCACAAGAUGAAUGAGGUAGAUACUGUUUAACAGAAGAGGAAAUGGGGGUCAGAUAGUCUAAGUGACAUGUCAGAGUUCUCACAAAAGGUUAUUGUAAUAGAGUGAAAAGAAUGUUGGGAGUUGUAUUCUAGUCCCAGUUAUAUCACCAGCUUGUUAUGUGGCUCUUGGGAAAGUAGUACAAGCAGUAAAAAUAGCAGACAUUUUAUUUGGUCCUUUUUGGUUUGCAAACCUUCCCAUAUUAUCUCAUUUUUAUCAUCACAACAAUCCAUGAUAUAAAUAAUACAACCAUUGUGUUCAUCUUUUUAAGGCCAAAGAUAGUGAUGAAUCUAAGAAUAUAGCUACAUAAUUGGGCUGAUCCUUUAUGGCAUACAUACAGCUCAUUGUGAAGCUCAUCCUGAAAGCCUUUCCAACUUAAUAGGACCUACGAGAACUUGUAUUCUAGCAACAAUCUUCAGAAACUCAGGAUAAGCUUUAUGCCGGAAAGGACUUUUUAAAAAGGGAAUGCACUAACUAAAAGUCAAAUAUGCAGGAAAUAAUCUAAUUGUUAAUAAAGUAUUUUAACCCCUGAAAUUUGAAAGAAAAUCUUACCAGCAAAUAAUAUAAACAAAAAAGUUUAAAAAGAAACAAAUGGAUAAAUAAAUAAAUGGUAGAACAACUUGAAAUAAAUAUAAAAAUGAAUAAAUGAGGGAAUGAACUUAAAAGUAGAUAGAUCUUCAUUAGAUAAAUAAAUGCAUUAGUACUAUACCAUUAGCGAUGGACUAGCUCCUUCAUAUUGACAGAAAUAGGAGCAGGGGAAAGCUGAUCCAUUACAGGCUCUCAGAGAGGCAAAGGGAUGCCAUAAGCUGGCUAAUUCAAUAGGAAUCUCUCUCUACCACAUCCCCAAUAAGUAGUCAUCUAGCUGUCAUACCAUCGGAUCAGAGAUAGAGUUAAAAGAUUUAGACCAUAGAGGUCAUCAAAUCCCAGUGCUCUCAUUUUACAGAGGAAGAACCUUAGAUUCCAAGAGUAAAUGGUUUAUCAAGGGCCAGAGUGGCUGAGGUGGGAUUUGAAUCUAGAGCUUCCUGAAUUUCCAGAGAAAUCCAUCAUGAUGAAUAGAUCCUUCUUGGAGUAAUUAUGAAAGAUAUGAGCAAGAGUUAUAUGGAACAAGAGGAGGGGGAAUGGCUUUUGACUCCAAGUUCAACACUCUAAUCAUUAUACCAUACUGUCUCCACUUUAAAACAUUCAAUCAGGGUCCACCACCAAACAUUUAAGACAUCCAGGAUUUGUUGCAUCCUGAUAUAGACCAUUCCACCUCUGAUCAGCACUAAUUCUUAGGGAGAUUUUCCUUAUAUCAAGUCAAAAUCUGUCUUUGCAACUACCAAUUAUUAGUCCAAGGAGAACAAAUCCAGUCCCUCUUCCAUAUGGUUUCAAAUACUCACAGAUGUUUGUCAUGACCAUUCUUCUAUCUCAAGACCUCUUCUCCACAAUAAACAUCCCUAAUUCUUCAGCA